GGCGGCGGCGCGGCCGCGCUCCCGGACGGCGGCGCCAUGGCGAUGGUCCGGCUGUGCUGCGUUAGGAGCGGCCGCGCGGCGCCGUCCCCGUGGAGAUGUCUGCGCGGGGAGCCGUGGAGGAGGGCGUGGAAGAAGGAAGCUGCCGGCCCGCCCGGUACGUCCGUGUGGCUGCGGCCGCCCGACGGGCGCAUUCACGGCGCUCCCGCUGACGGUGAGACGCGGUGCGUGCCGUGUCGGCAACUGCGCCGCUGGGCUCCUGCUGCUGCGGGCCCGCAGAAGGCUGCAGAUGGGACAAGCGAAGAGUUCAGCGUGGUGUACAGAUUCCCGGGCAUUAAGUACUGCCGGGUGCUGUCCAGGCUGAAGCUGCUGCAGACCGCGACGACGCUGCUGGUGCUGCCGCCUGUCUGCUACCUGCACCUGCAGCAGCAGCUGCCCCAGGCCGUGCUGCUCUACACGGCCGGCAUCGCGCUCUUUGCUGCUGUGAUGCUGUACGGGAUGAGCUAUUUUUUCAGACGAAUUAUCGGAUUGAUCUACUUAAGUGAAAGUGGAAGAACCGUCAAAGUGGCCCACCUGACGUUCUGGGGGAGCCGCAAAGACAUUUACUGUCCCCUGGAGACGGUGAUGACUUUGGAUGAGGUGGGGGAUGCCAGGGGAGAGCUGCUGCUCCGGUUCAGGCGGUAUAACAGCACGGAGAUCCUAUAUUUCACAAUUAAAUAUGGCCAGAUUGUGGACAGACAGAAGUUUAUGCAAAUAUUUGGAGAGCUGCAGUGAUGCGGCAGCUGAUUGCCAGUGAUGGUGCUUGUUGCAUUGUUCCUUGUGUGGAUGUUGAAGAUGACAUGUAAUUAGUUUGUCAGACUGACAUGCUUCUGUCAUUUUCCCAUGUAUUGUUUUCCAGCAUCUGUUGGUCUGUGUGCUCAGUGUAGAAACAGUAACUAACAAUCCAACGGGUAAGUGUUGCAGCAGGGCUAUGGGGGGAGCAGCGAGCAGGAGUGCUUUGUUUGGAUGCAGUGUGUGCAGUGCUGCAGCCACGGCUGGUGCCACGCAGGACACAGCCACACAGGCAGCGAGGUGCUGCUGCUGCCCUGCAUGGUUUGUUUCAGCCUGCCUUGGAGGCUAUGGGUAAAUGUGACAGUCUUUCAAAGUGAAUGCAGUGACUGUCAGAGCGUCCUCAUUUCAAAUUCACUGUUACCUCUAGCAAGGUUUAGGUUAGCUGGUGAACUUCUUGAAAGUAAAUUGGUCCUGUACAGUCAUAUGAUAAAUAAUGCGAGAUGUCAGAGCGAUACUAGCCCAUGUAUUAAUGAGCACUAAGAAAUUAAUAGUUAUAAUGCUGAUAAGGCUUCCUGGCAGUCAUAAAAUCAGGGUUAAAGAAACAAAACUUGGACCAGCUCUCCUGAGUACGCAGGCUGUGUGGGUGUGAACAGAACUUGGCAUGCAGGGCUGUGUGCUGCUGCACAGCUGAUGUCUGGGUGGUUUAAGGCUGGGACAGCCCUCCAGGAGCCUUCAACACUAAUUCAUUUCCCAUUGAAAUAAAGGAAGAACAUAACAUUCCUCAUCUGUGGAGCUAUGAAUUACAGGGAGCUCUCUCCCUUAGUUCAGAAUUUAAUAGUCAUUACUGUGUUGAAAUUUGGAACUACUUGUCCUUCUCUGCAUAUAUUCAUGUUGGGGGGAGGGGUUGUUUGUAUGUAUGAAUGACAUUUAAUCACUGCUGUAACACCUGAGUUGCAAAACCAGUAAAUAUUGCCAAAAAAUUAUCUGAGGCUGUGAAGUCACCAACCUUCUGUUUACCCCACUGUAGACUACCGUGUAGCUGUGGUCCAACUGCUCUGUACUGCUUGAUCUGUGUGCUGAUUUGGGCUGGCUUUAACGUCUACGGCACCCUUGCCAAAUAACCACCCACUGCCCCAACCUAAAACAAAAGGAGAAAAGGUAAGACAGCUGAAAGCUGUGUUGAAUAACAGCUGAGAAGUGUAACAGGUGUAGCUCAUGUUCUGUUGAAAUGGUAGAGCUGAUCAUGGCACCACCUGUGUCUCUAAAGGGCAGAGGUUGUGUUCUGCUGUGUUACUGUGAUUCCUCCUUUGCCAAAGCCAAAACCUCAGCAGAAAUAAAGGGCAGGAUUUAAAUCUGGGAAAGAAUGUAACUUGAUCACUUCUUAAGAUUUUUUUUAAUUGUCAAAAGCAGAUUAACUUCUUACACUGCUUUUCUAGCUGUCCUUCACUUGAUGUGAGGUUUGGCUUCCAUCAUCCUGUGCCCAGCAGGAGCAGGUGAGCAUCUGUCAGAGCUCGGCUCUGGAGAGGCCACACUUUGAGUUCAGCUUUGGGCGCCCCCCCCCCAAGAAAAAAAAGAGGUGGAGGCCCUGCAGUGUGUCCAGAGAAAGGCAGCAGGGCUGUGAGGGGUGUGCAGCACAAGCCCUAGGAGAAGCAGAUGAGAGAACUGGGAUUGUUGAGCUUAGAGGAAAGGAGGCCUGGGGACUAUUGCUCUCUAUGGUUAUCUCAGAGGAGGCUUUAGCAAGGCUGGGCUCAAUCUCUUCUCCCAGGUGAUAGUGAUAGGAUGAGGAAAUAGCCUCAAAUCUAAGCUGGAUAUUAGAAAAAGUGUCCUUGUGCAGAGGGUUGUGAAGCAUCGGAGCAGGCUGCCCAGGGCAUAGCUGAGGUACUGAAAAGAUGUGUAGAUGCAGUGCUUAGGGAUGUGGUUUAAGGGCAGUGCUGGGUUAACAGUUGGACUUGAUGACUUCUGAGAUCUUUUCCAACCUGAAUGACAGUACAUCAACUGACCUUCACCAGCAGUGACAUCUGGAGUGUGCUUUUCAGUUUAUUCCUCAGGCCUAUUGAAAUCCAUCUUCAGUGGAUCAGCAGAUCAGGUAAGUAAAACUGCCAUUGCAAUGCGAAGGCUAACCCUGAUUUACUGUUUAUUUAUGUUGAAGUUCUCCUAAUUGGGAUCUUCAUCUAAACUUUCACUGAUAGUGAGUAGUGCAGCACUGUCAAGAGGAAAAUAAAAAUUUUCCUUGGCUUAAAUACUAUGGCAGCAGGAUAGCAGUUGACUGAAGUGGUCUGUAUGCAUACAGUAUGAUCUGUGGGGCAUCUCUUCACAGGAAUGUAUUUAAUAUGCACUAAUGAUUCAGUCUAGGCAUGUGCUAGGUGUAAAAUAAAGAGCCUUGGGGAAGUUCAAUUAUAAAUAUUUUAUUUAAGAAUACUGAUUACAUGAGAUGUCAUUUCUUUAUGAAUUUGUGUACAGUUACUAGUUACACCAUGAAGUGUAGUUAAGUAUUGGUUUAAACAUUUAUUUGGCACUGUCCACAGUAUGCUGUAAACAAUAUUAACUUCAUAUGGUUCAGCUGCAGUGCUUUCUAUGUGUUCUCUAACAUGAUCUCAUCAGCAUGUUGUACACAAUUAUACAGUUACUGAGUGUCAGUAAAAAUUAUAAAAACAUCUAGAGUAUUCAUCAUAAAAGUGAAGAUGUGGUAAGACUUCAAAUUACUGGACCUUUGCCUCUGUAAAAGUACAAGACUUGCUAGGACACUAAAACUACUGCACUGAUAUGUUGAACUACCUAAUUCCCAGAAUGCAGUCAAAUGCAGUUCUCAGUUUGACUUUCCUCUUGGUGACGAUACUCUAUGAGGACAGUGAUGACAAUGGGGCUUUGUUGAACACCAGUCCACCAGACCUUUCUCCAGAUUUCAACAACCUCUGUUCAAAAACCUGCUCGGGUUCUGACCAGCUGGUACCAGAAUUCUGGGUUCUGCAGAGAGGUUUAUAGAAAUCCCAUUAUUUUGAAGCUAACAGAAGCGAGUUUUCUUGAGUUGUCCAUACCAGAACUCAAUAAACAAAAUGGGAAAACCAUGAUUAAAACUUACCAAGAAGGUAAGAAACCUUUCACAGUUUGGUAGCUCUUUUAAGCAUGUAUAAAUUCUUUAACUGCUCUGUUUUUACUGUAUAAUU